UUCUUCACCUUUAAACGUCACUGAGUGAACACAUACUCUUCAGAGCAGUGGAAGAAAAUCUUGAAACUUCACUUUUAAACUGGAUAUUAUAACAUAGAACUGAACCAUCACUGAAUAUCAUUGGAUCCCAGACAGAAUCUGUUCGACAUUCUUCUGGAUGAGUUCAGACCCAAACAGCACGAAAAUGGACAACAGGGAAGAUCUGGAACAUAAUGUGCCUUGCACUUUUGACAAUGUAAUGUUUGGGCAAACACCCAACCCUCCACCUCCUCCUCUUUUGCCCACUGGAACACCUGUCCUGCCUUGGCCAGCAGCAGAGACUGGGUGGUUUGUUAACAACACCUUCCCGGGAUCUUGUCUUCCUGCAUCUCAGCAGCAAGGUCCACUCACAGUUGCUCCCACCAUUAUGAGGCCAGCUUCCAUGUACAGAGAGCCAGGGACAGAUAACCAGGGACAGCUGAGACAACCAGAGAUCCAGUCUCUGGCACAGUCAGCCCAGCCCCUGCAAUACAGCCAGCUGCAGUUUGUAGGCCAGGGUGUGUGUGUAGACAGGCCCAGCCUUGGCGCUUUAUCGGAGCCUGCCGUGCCAGAGAGGCGCUCAGCUUGGGCAGAACCUCUUUAGAAACCCUCCUCCUCACAAAGUCCCCUCAUGUUUCACCCAUGUAAUGUACAAAAAUGUAAUGUACAAAAGCAGCAAGCUGUCAAAAUUCAAUAAAACCUUCCCGUUGUGUACUCCUGGA